AAUUUUAUUUUAUUUUAUUUUAAUCAAACUGAUAAAAAAAUAUAUAUAUUUUCUCAUGUCUCAAUUCAACAAUAUUCACUCCCACAGAAACACAUAUAUAUCGACACCUAACCAUUAUUUAUCUCAUCUUCUUCUUCUCCAUCUCCAAAAAAAAAAAAAAAAAAAAAAAAAGAAAAAAAAAGAAAGAAGAAAACCUCACUUCCAUUAAUCCUCAUCAGCUUCCUCCACCAUGAUGAAAACUGCUGCUUCUUUGUUGUUCAAUCUCACCAGCUUCAUGCCGCUCUUCCCCAACUUCCUCUACUUUUUAUUCCUCAUCAGAUUUCAAUAAACAAAUUCAAAAAAAAAUCAAAUCAUAUCAAUGUAUUCAGAUGCAAUGGAAAUUCCUCAACCAAACGAAGCGCUACACGAGAACGCCCCCCCGCCAUUCCUGAGCAAAACCUACGAGUUCGUCGACGAUCCCCACACAGAUCCGAUCGUCUCUUGGAGCCGAGGUAACAACAGUUUUGUAGUUUGGGAUCCUCAGAAUUUCUCCAUCAAUCUUCUUCCCAGGUACUUCAAACACAAUAAUUUCUCCAGCUUUGUCAGGCAGCUCAAUACCUACGGAUUCAGAAAAGUGGAUCCAGACAAAUGGGAGUUUGCAAAUGAAGGGUUUCUGAAGGGGCAAAGGCAUCUGUUGAAGAACAUCAAGAGGAGGAAGCAGACUGGUACAACUAAUAUUGCACAAGGUGCUACUAAUUGCCAAGGGUUUGAAUCAUGUGUGGAGGUGGGGAGCUUCGGAUUGGACGGCGAGAUCGAGCGACUGAAGAGGGACAAGAGUGUGCUGAUGAUGGAGCUGGUGAAGCUGAGGCAGCAGCAGCAGCAGACGAGCUCACACAUCCGGGAGAUGGAGGUGAGGCUUAAGGGGCACGAGGCGAAGCAGCAGCAGACGAUGAGCUUCUUGGCGAGGGCGAUCAGGAGCCCCGCCUUCCUGCAGCAGAUGGCGCAGCAGAAGGGCAAGAUGAAGGAGAUUGAGGCAGCCAUUGGGAAGAAGAAGAUCAAGAGAAUCAAUGCAGCUCAUGAUGAGGAUGAGGAUGUGAAGGUGGAGCCUCGAGAAUUUGGGGGAUUUGAUGAUUUGGAGCUUGAGACAUUGGCAAUGUCAUCCUCAUCCAUGGAUAUGGAGGAACAAAUGCUGCAUAGAGAUGAUUAUGAUCAUGAUCAUGAUCAUGAUCAUGAUAAUGUGGAUGAGAAGCCAUUUGAUGAAGGGUUUUGGGGGGAUUUGAUCAAUGGAGCACUCGAAGAUGAGAUUGAUAACUUCGUCUUGGAUGAUCCUUAGAUGAUUAAUAUGGUAAUUAAUUGUUUAAUUUGCAGAUGAUUGGAUCAAGAUUGGUGAAUCUUGUUUGAUUUUAUGGUGACAUUUUAUGUGAUUUUUUUUUUCUUUUUUUCAAGGUUUGUUUUUUGCUAGGAUGCCUAAGUAACCAAACUUGAAGGUUAAGUGCAUCGAAUUGAUUAAUGAAGGUUUGAAAUUUGUGUGCUUAAGUUGAAGUGUAAGAUUAAUUAGUGAAAGGUGUUUAUAUAUAUGUCUUUCAUGUUCAA